UUCUAAAUCAAACUGAUUAUGAGAUUUGGUCUUCAUUUGAAUAUCAUGUCUAUACUUUUUGUUUUCUCGCUUCUUCUUCUCUUAGAAGUACCCAAGUUGUGCACAGCUGAAAAAAAAGAAGAGAAGUGGAAUUAUUUCAUGCUUGUUCAACAAUGGCCGACAGGUUUUUGCGAAUACCAAAUUAUUGCUGGAAAACGAAAAUGUUAUAUAACACCAGAUAAAUUUGUUAUUCAUGGACUGUGGCCUCAAAGAAAUGAUGGUAAAGUUCCUAAAUGCCAAAGUAAGACGCCCCUUUAUAGGAGGGAUUUAAAACCGUUGGAUCAAGCACUUCGUUCGGAUUGGCCAAAUUUAGUUGGCCAAGAUUUUAACUUCUGGAAAAGUCAAUGGGGAAAGCAUGGAGGAUGUGCAGAGGCAACACUCCCAAAAGCGGAAUAUUUCAACCUGGCUUUGCAUAUUUAUGACCAAAAUAAGAUAUUGAAUAUUCUUGAAAAGGAGCAAAUAGUCCCAGAUGACAAAAAACUUUAUAAUGUUAGUUCCGUUGUUGCUGCAGUUCACAACCACACUAGUCAUGAUCCUGAGCUUUCUUGUUAUCAUGAUCCAAAACUCAAUGUUACUGUUCUCUAUCAAAUUAGGAUUUGUUUGACGAAAAAUGGAACCUCACUCACAAACUGUCUGAACCCUGAUAGUUCUUGUGGUGACCAGAGUUUAUUAUUUCCAAAAAAGGAAGAAGAAAAAUAAUUUUUAAUAAUUAAAAUUUGACAACUUUCUCUUAUAA